AUGGCGGUCCGGCGCUUCAGUGUGGUGGUUCCUAAAAGAGGGGUACAAAGGCGCGCCCAGAAAAAGCCUGCCACUAAGAAGCCAGCCGCCUACACAAAGGUUGACUACGUCCGGGAGAAGACGGCUGUGGGGAGUCGCGGCGUUCGCAAAGAGCAAAUGAAGUCAAAAAGGUCACUGCCCGAACUCCUGAAGGCAUCGGACGAUGAGAUCAUUGAGAUGCUAGUCGCAGAUGGCAUGUUGCCCGAUUGGACCGGCAAGCAGUGUCCCCGCUGCGAGAAGGGACGAUUGUCGAAGCUCCUUCAGCGUCCCGGCAGAUGUGGUCUCAGGCAUCGAUGCAAUCGAAAGCAUUGCCAGAUGUACAUGUCCCCGACACAUCUACAUCCGUGGUUUACGGAUGGCAAUGGCGCAGCAGCUACACCUUUACAAACCCAGGCGGCAGUCUUGUUGAUGAAGCUGCAGAACAUCAGCCUUCCUUCCACAUGUCAAAUGCUUGCAGUGAACCACAAGCUGGCUGAGGACAUGUCCACCCGCCUCAUGUAUGCGAGACAAGACUAUGUCAAAGCGUACCAACCCAAGAUCCAGCUGGGGUCGAAGAAGGGUGACUUCAGGUAUGUGAAGUACUGGGUCGAUGUCGAGGGGGACGAAGCCAGCUUCACCAAGUCCAACAUGCUGGGCGUGGACCCUGAGGUGGAUCCCAAGAAGCCAGUGCGCUGGGAACAGUGGUUGGGGCUAGUCCAGCGAGGGCGGCCCGCAUCCUUGAUUUUGGAGCGAUUGAAUCCUCCGCCCUCGGAGGUUAGAGCACCGGGUCCUGGAGCUGUACGUAAGGUCGAGUGGAUGCCGCUGGCCAAGAAGCACCUGCAGGGCAACCACAUCAUCUUUCACACUGAUGCCGCACGCAGUUACACUGCGAAGGUGGACCAAGUGUUACACGACAACGUCGUCCACGCCAAGAAGCGGAAGGUUAUCGACGGCAAGGUCACAUGGAUUAAGCCGAACUACGUCAAGGUCGUCUCGCACAAACUCCCAGCCACCAGCAAAACCGUUCGAGUGAAGGCGGGAACGCAAAUCAUUGACAGGGCAUGGAGAUACAUGAAGGAUCGGAUCGUGCUCAACCAGAUCCUUAGAACGAUGAACGUCCGAGCCGGAUCCAAGUUUCUGCGUGCCCAAAUCCAGGCAGCCCAAUACCAGUAUUGGUUCAAGAACGAGGACCCCUGGACCAAGGCCUGUGAUCUCGUGACUUUCAAGAUGGAGAAGAUGAUGAAGAAGUGCUGA